AUGUCCUCGACCAACAAUACCGAGUAUCUCGUCCAAGUCCCCAUCGACCCAUCCACCGUCCAAGCCUGGGCUUCAAACCGAGAUGCACACCUGGCGCACUUGAAGCCCUACAUUCUCGACGGGACGAUUGUUUUCGGAGCACCAACGCUGGCCGCGCAUCCCAAGACCCCAGAGGAACCGCUACAGGUGCGGAGCAGCGUGUUGUUGUUCCAAGGAAAAACCCAGGAGGAGAUUCUUAGGAUCAUUGAGAAGAAUCCGCUUGUGGACGCUGGGGUGUGGGAUAUGGAGAAGCUUGUUGUGGCGCCGUUUAGGUGUGGAGUUAGGACUGCUAUGUAA